CAGAGUUGGAUGGGUUGUUGGGUUGAAUCUACUCAUAUUGCAUUACGUGCAAUGCGCAGUAACCUAGUGAUUUACUCAUCAACCCCACUGGGCAGGAAAAUUUGAAAUUUUUAAGUCAAAAAAUCUAAAAAAUAAACUAAAUAAUUCAACUUUCAAACUUAUUCCAAAAGUAAGCGUGAAAUUUCCAAACAUGAGGUUUGGAGCUGUUCGCAGUUACUAACUGCGAACAGCUAUUUUGACCUGUUUUUGUGGAGCAUGUUGUUUCGCAGUUACUAACUGCGAACAGGUCAAAACAGGUCAAAUAGCUGUUCGCAGUUAGUAACUGCGACCAGCUAUUUUGUCUUUUUUGACCUGUUCGCAGUUACUAACUGCGAACAGCUCCAAACCUCAUGUUUGAAAAUUUCACGCUUACUUUUGGAAUAAAUUUGAAAGUUGGAUUAUUUGGUUCAUUUUUUUGAUUUUUUAACUUAAAGAUUUCAAAUUUUCCACUUGGCAGAGGCCAGUGACCCAGUACCAAUGACAUUAUCAUUAACAAUAAUGGAGAUGUGCUAAUGAGAUCACAUGGGUACAUUUUGGGUGGGUCAGAGUUCGGGUCGACAUGGCCCGUUGGUAUUAGUCAUGGUUUUUUCAUUGUACGGAAUGGCAGAGUUGAUGUACCCACAUACAACUUCAAACAAUAUCAAAUAUCUCAACUCACAUUUUAUUGUGGAACAAUCAACCGCAAAAACGUUGCCAUCUAAACUAGAGGUGGGAAAUAGACGAAUGAAUGAAAAUAUAAGCUUAUUAUAUAAAAAAAAAAUCUCAAAAUAAGUUUCAGAAAAUUUUAAUUUAUAAAUUAAGCGUCUAUAUGUCAAAACUAAGGUUAAAUAUGUUCGUUAUUACUAACAGCGAACAAAGAAACUCAUCAAAAAAAAGUUAAAAUUCUUUGUUCGCUGUUAAUACUUGACUAGCUAAAGAUUAAAUAUCGAGUUGGUUUAGCAUACAUUAAUUGGUGAGUGUUCAGUCCACCUUGAGUUCUUUCCAAAAUUAGCUAUGAGCAUAGUACAAUGCUAGCUGCUCGACAUAGCUCAGUUGUGCUCACAACAGCAAGCUUGUGCACAAGUACGGUAAUAAUUUGCUAAUUAUAACAUUAAAGUUUAGACCUUUUACGAAUAACAACCUUAAUAUUUUUUUUUUGCUAAUUACUACCUCCAAAAUAUAAAUAAAUACAGCAUUCAACUUGAAUCUUCUAUUCUUUGGUUUCCUAGAGCUUGCUUCUAAUAUAUUCACGAAUUAAUGAAUAAAUGUCGAGUUGGUUUAGCACACAUUAAUUGGUCAGCGUUUAUUCCACCUUGAGUUCUCUCCAUAAUCAGCUAUGAGCAUAGCUUAAUGCUAGCUUUGCGACAUAGCUUAGUUGUGCUCAUAGCAGCAAGAUUGUGCACAAGUAAUUUAUGAAUUCCAAUAUUAAAGUUUAGGGCUUUUGCGAAUUAUAUUCUCAUUUAUUUUUAUUUUUUUUUGGAGAUUUAAAGCAGCCAAAGUAUCAUUUUCUACCGCGUUCAGACCAAAUCACUUGAAUUUUCUAAUCUUUCGCUUCAUUGAACUUGCUUCUAAUACGUUCACAAAUUAAAGAAUAAACGUCGAGUUAGUUCAACGCUGUUAAUUGGUGAAUGUAAGGUCCACCUUGAGUUCUCGACAUAUAGCUCAGGUACGGUGUUUGCGUGGGAUACCGAAUACUUGAGCAUUGUAUCCUUGGUGUGGUAUCCGUAUUCUCAGUUUUGGCAUUAAAUUCAAUCACACUCAAGACUCAACCAACGGCGAAUAAGAUGAGAUGAGGACGACCACAACGUAUAAAUUAUCUAAAUCUGCAGAAUUCGUUAUAUUGUGUUGUCAUUUUACACACAUGUGAUUCUGCUCUCUAACCUUACGACCUGCUAUUACAUGAUUUGCACCCACCUUGAAAUUACACUUCCUUCAUCAUCCUCUUAUUUGGGUCCAUACUUCUAAAAAUGGUUAAGUUGAGUUGAACUUAUUGUCAAUUUCAGUAUAUAAUCGGAAAACAAGAGGUGCACACGCUUCAUAAAUUAAGGAGAUAUCAUCCCUAAAUCAUAUUACGAUGUGAGAAAAGACUCCAGUGACUUAUAAAAUAUGCACACUAUCUUUAAUCCACUGACGCGGGAAAAAUUAUUCCAACAAAAAUACAAACCAUUUCCUCGAUUUUUUUUAUUUAUGUGGAUUUUCUUCUUGUAGAUAUGAUUCAUUCAAUUGCUCUAUCAACACAAUUAGAAUCUAAGACAUGAAUUGUUUAGUUCAAAGUGAACAAAUUAUCAUCGUUCAUAUUAGUAUAAAGUUGUGUUUAUCGAAUUCAAGAAAUCAAGAGAUGUGCUAUGGCGCUACCAUAAAAUCUCAGACAUGUGCAUUAGAUAUUUCAUAUAAGCCUUGCUUGCGAUGGCGAAUCUAAGAUACUAAUAAAAAAUGUUGGAAUAGCCAUCCCCUCCGCUGGCUCCUUAUAAAACAAUGGAUUCUUUGAUAAUAUCUAUCAUACUUCUCAAGAAUCAAAUGUUCGUAAACAAGAUCUUCAUUACUUGUGUCGGUGCUAUUUUGUAAUACUUUGGGUGCAUUGGUAUUUGAUUGUUGACUAUAAGUAAUUGGCUAAAAUAAUUGGCUUGUUUAACCAGUUGAAAUAAAUACUAUUUUUUUUAGCUUUUGAGCUAGCUGAAAAAAUUAUCUAUUCAUGAAGACGUUUGGUAAAUUGGUUGUUGACAAUUUUCUUUUUUUACGUAAAACGAUCUUUAAGGACAUGAAUUAUUGUAUUGUCAUUUUGAAUUAGAUGUUUGGUAAUUGUUUGUUGUUUGACUAAGUUAAAAGUCAAAAGCUAAAGGCCAAAAGUCUAAAUACUAAGUGAAAAACAUUUACAUUAUGUUUUCAUAAAAAAUUAAAAGAGAAAAGAAAGAAAGGAAAAAGGUAGGAAAGAAAGAAAAAGGAAGGACAGGAGAAGAGUGGGAAAGGCUCUCUUAUUUUUUAAGAAAAGAAAGGGAGGAAAAAGAUAGAAAAUUUUAUUUUCCUUCAAAAUCUUUCCUCUUAUGAAUAGAUUUUAAUAUUAACAAAAUUAAGAGACUAAAUACUUUUAAAUCCCUACGCUUCAAGCUCCUCCUUUUUAUUUGCUAUUCAAACAAAAAUACUUUCAUUCCUCCAAAUCUUUUUUUUCUUUUUUAUCCAAACAAAACCUUAGCAAACAAGUGUUUGAAAUUUAUCAUUAACCGAUGAGGUCAAGUUAAUUAGUUACAUCCCCUAGGGGCCAGGGGUAACCUAAAAGCUUUUAGUAGCAGCAUUGCAACUAUCCACUAAUUAGUGUUAGGAUACAAAUACACAAUCAUACAAAAUUUAUAAAUAAAGAAUUGUCUUUACUAUCAUGCAACAUACAUGAUACAUUUGAGCCCUUCAAAAACAAGCAUCCAUCCAAAAUAGAAUUAAGUAUCAUUGUCCACUAUUAAUAAUGAGCGUCACUCAGAAUUUACACUAUAAAAUUUAAAUAUAUAAUGACGGUGUGAAUUUAAAGGAAUAGAGGAGUAGCUAGCUAACCACAAAAGUCAUCCCUAUAAGGAGGCAAAAGGCUCCUGUGUCUCCGAACCCAUCUAAAAAGUUAGAAAAAUAACACUUUGAUAUUUCCUCCGUUUUGAAAUAGUCGAUGCAUUACGGUUAUUAACACUAUUCAUCGUUUAAGUUUAUUUUAUAUGUUGCGUCUAAUGUGUAAGAAAAAAAUAGGCAAGUGGAAUCUGAUUUGAAUCGUCAAAUCACAUAUUUUUAUUAUAUUAAUUUUUAAAUGUACAUAGUAUAAUAUAUAAAUGAUCAAAAUAAUACAUUGAAGUGCGUAAAAAAUUAAAUGUAGCAAGUAUAUUAUAACGGUGAAAGUAUUUAAUAAUUAGAGCCUUAUGGGCAUAUAAUAAAGCAAUAUUAAGUAAUUAGGGGUCAAUAAUUAGUAUUUUGGCUGUGUCUCUGGGCCUUGGCUAGCCAUGACCUAUGUGUUUAACUUUUACCGUUUGCUCUUGGCUUUUUAUAUAUAUAUCCCCAUUGGUCAUUAUAAUGUGCCUAAAAUCUAGAAGUGCAGUUCUUAAACAUAAUAAUUAAGGUGUAGUUUCACAAAAAUAAUCAUAUAAUGAAGGUUGUUAUUGCAACAUUUUCAAUUGUUUUUAUUGUUCUUAUCUUCUCAUCGUUUGUUCCACCGUUAAUGGCUAUUAAUAAUGUUGAGGAUGCAGCAUUCAAGGCUAAACCAAAUGGGUUUUGUGGGUUCAAGUGUGCAGUGAGAUGCAGCAAAGCAGGACAUGAGAAUUGCAUGAAAUAUUGCCAAAUUUGCUGCCGGAAGUGCAACUGUGUUCCAUCAGGAACUUAUGGUAACAAGCAUGAAUGCCCUUGCUACAGAGACAUGAGGAACUCUAAGGGCAAACCUAAAUGCCCUUAAAAUUUAGAACUAUACUACUUCUUCCUACCCCCUUAAGAUUAUGUUAUGUAUUGUAUAUCUCCAUCCGAGACUCAGAAAUAUAAUAUCACAGGAGAAACUAUUUACGCGUAUGCACCGUAGUCGGUGUUUGGUAAUUGGUUGUCGAAUGGUUAAAUUGGUUUAUUUGAUCAACCGAUAGUAUUGUAAAAUGGGAUUUUCUUGGUGUUGGUAAUGUUUUGUGCAAGUGAUAUAUCACUCUCUUAUUAAAACUUCAAUUUAAUAGUAUCAAUACCAGAUCUCACAAGAGUACUACCAUGACCAUCGAUUAGUAAGGACAAAGCGGACUAUCGUCUAGGCCCUAAAAUUUUUAGGGUCUCAAACUUAUAU